CUCAAUUGAAACAUUACAGAUCCUUCACAUUACAUCAACCCAUCAACACACUUUCUCGGCUCAACAAACACCAUGGACUCCUACGGUCAAGACAACUUUGGUGGUGGCCGUCGCGGUGGUGGUGACAGCUUCGGAGGCAACGACUCCGGGUUUGGUGGCAACAACUCUGGCUUCGGCGGUGGUGGUCUCGAAGAUGACUCCUACAGUCAAGAUAACUUUGGUGGUGGCCGUCGCGGUGGUGGUGACAGCUUCGGAGGCAACAACUCCGGGUUUGGUGGCAACAACUCUGGCUUCGGCGGUAACGACUCUCAAUUUGGUGGAGGUGGCUCUGGUUUUGGAGGAAUUGACUCGGGCUUUGGCGGGGUUCGCGGUGGAGGUGACUCUGGCUUCGGCGGCAAUGACUCUGGAUUUGGCGGGGGAAGAGGCAAUCAAGACAACUUCGGAGGGUCUGGUGGUGUAAAUGACUCCUUCGGAGGCUCCUCCGGUGGCUCUUCUGGUGGGCUUGGGGGCUUGGUGAACAAGGCAGAAGGCUUCCUCGGCAGCCACGGUGGAACCAGCAACCAGGGCGGCUCUAACAACGGAGGACAGGGUGGUAACUCUGGUGGCAACUUUGUCGACUCGAUGGUUGAUCAGAAGGUUGACCAGUAUGUCCCUGGUGGAAUGGAUGGUGCUGUUAACCAGGGAAUCAACCAGGAGGUUAACAAGUUCUUCUAAAGACCUGCCCUCACAAUUUAUGAGAUGUCAACGUCCCUGAGCAUGAUAACG